ACAGCAGCUUUGACCUCACUCUUCCCCUUCUCUUUCAAACAAAGCUUCCACCUUUCCCCAACCGGCCGGUGAAGGAAAAAACAAGAAAAACACUGACAAAAACAAAGUUGGAAUAUUAGGUACAAAAUCUCAUACCCAUCUUUCUAAACCAGACCCAAAUACAAGAGUGAAAAUCCAUGCGAUGCGUGGUGGGAAUUGAUUCUGAGCAGUGAUAUAUAGCUGAGCAGGGCGUCAAAAUCAGAGACAUGGGUAGGCCAAAGAGUCUUCGCAGCAAAGCGGCCCACUUUGUGACUGAUAUCACUACUGGAUUGCUCAACCCCAUUUCUGACAAACCCUCUCCUUCUCCUCCUCCUCAGGAAGAUGUGGACGGGUCCAGAGGAAGUCAAAAUGGAACAAUGAGUGAAGAGAGUCCAGCUAAUCCAGUUGAUGGGCCUGACACUUCUUCAUUUACUGCAUUUCUCUACUCACUGUUAUCGUCAUCAGAGUCGGGAGAUAAGAGCAAAAGUUCGGAUGAACAGGUUGAUGACCAAAUGGAUAAGAGCAACUCAUUGUCUGAUUCUGCAGUGAAAGCAAACAGUGGGAAGAGAAGUUUGUUUUCUAAGGGGAAACACACGCUUAGCAAAGCUAUGUACCAGGCUGCAAGAUUUGGUGGGUAUCGGAGUCAAGAGCGGAAGGGUAGCCUUGAUGUAAAAGGUGAUGAUGGGAAUGACUCUGAGUUCGCUGGAGUUGAGAUGAGGCAUAUGCAGAAACCACAAAAGCCUGUGGCCUUGGUUCAUUUAACAGACAUCUCUGAACCGUCUUUACUUCUUACUGAGAAAACUAGGAUUGCUCUUUACAGUUCACUCCCGGCGCUAGUACAGGGAAGACGAUGGUUGUUACUAUAUAGUACAUGGAGGCAUGGCAUAUCACUUUCAACCCUAUACAGAAGAAGUAUGCUUUGGCCUGGCCUCAGUUUGCUGGUUGUUGGAGACCGUAAAGGUGCAGUUUUUGGUGGCUUGGUGGAGGCACCUCUAAGACCAACCAACAAGAAGUAUCAGGGAACAAAUGAUACAUUUGUUUUCACAAAUACACCUGGCCAUCCUGUUAUAUAUCGCCCUACAGGUGCCAACCGCUAUUUCACAUUGUGUGCUACUGACUUUUUAGCUAUUGGUGGGGGUGGUCAUUUUGCACUCUAUUUGAAUAGUGAUCUAUUGAGUGGAUCAAGUUCAGUUUCAGAAACCUAUGGGAAUCCAUGUCUUGCAAACUCAGAAGACUUUGAUGUGAAAGAAGUAGAGUUAUGGGGUUUUGUGUAUGCUACUAAGUAUGAGGAAGUACUUGCUCAAAGUCGUAUGGAGGCACCUGGGAUUUGCCGAUGGUGAAUGCCUCAUUUGGAACUCAUUUUACUGUGGUGGUUAGUAUCGUCACCUUAGCUGAGGCUUAUUAUUGUUUCUGGAGCUGGAUGCAAACGAUGUUACAUUAUAUGGAUGACAUUCCUUUUGGAGUUUGUAAAUACAAGUCUUUCGUGUACAUAUAGAAUACAUAAGCACUGUAUGCAAGCAGUUUUGAUUA